CAAAGGGGGAUGAAAUUGGUUUAAUACAUUGAGAAAGAUUUGGCGGUUCGAUUCUUCGUCAACAAAAUCUCCCUCCAAAUUCAUCCAAUCAACCUUCAAAAACCCUAAAUUUUUCUCAAUUUCACACAUCUGAGUUAUCUUUGCCCUCAUUCUGUUGUCUUCAAUGUACAACAAUAGCGUUUCAAUCAAUAUAUCUGAUGACGAAUCUGACGAUAUCAAUGGAAAGAAAAGAACUAAGGUUCGAAGGAAACGUAAGAAAUUUGGGUUUCGAGGUGGGAAGAAUAAUGAUUUUCUUCGAAGAAUGAUUAAGAAUUUAUUGAGAUGGUGGUUGUUUCUGUUAAUUAUACCUGCGAUUGGAUUACUCUUAUUUGAAGCCUCUAGAAUGAUUGGUACAACAAAACCUAUUCAUGAUUCGAAAACUGGCGAUGAGAAAACAGAUCCCGUUGUUGUUGUUGAAGCUAAGCAUAUUUUGGAUAAUCUUACUCCUGUUACUAGAAAGAUUAAUGGCACUCGUCGACCUUGUUUGGAGCUUCUACCUCCAGAAGCACUUGAGCAUCUUGAUAUACCUGUUCAUGGGCAUGCCAGUUCUCAUGUUAAAAAAGUGAUUUACAAAUCUGAUCCAGACGCAGGCAAUGCAACAGUGUUUCAGAGGAAUACAGAUGCAACAAGAUAUAACUUAUUCACGGGAAAUCAAACUCUUUAUGAGAGAGAACAAAGUUUUAAGGUGAGUGAAACUGCUGAGGUGCAUUGUGGUUUUUACAACGAAAAUGGGGGAUAUAGAAUAUCUGAUGAGGACAAGGCUUACAUGCAAACAUGCAAAGUUGUCGUGUCUACUUGUACAUUUGGUGGUGGAGAUGACCUUUACCAGCCCAUUGGAAUGUCGGAGCCAUCCCUGAAGAAGGUUUGUUAUGUAGCAUUUUGGGAUGAGAUAACCGUUGCAGCUCAGGAAGCAGGUGGGAAGAAAAUUGGCGAGGACAAUAUGAUUGGUAAAUGGCGAAUUGUUGUUGUUAAGGACCUUCCUUUCACAGACCAACGCUUGAAUGGUAAAAUUCCUAAGAUGUUGACGCACCGACUGUUCCCUCAAGCAAGGUACUCAAUAUGGGUAGACGCCAAAUCUCAAUUUCGGAGAGAUCCAUUAGGUGUGCUGGAAGCUCUUCUUUGGCGUAGGACUUCUGUGUUGGCAAUUUCAGAACACGGGGCUCGUAGUAGUGUCUAUGACGAGGGAAAAGCUGUAGUUAAGAAAAACAAGGCAACCCCAGAAGAAGUUGAGAUUCAGUUAGAGCAGUACCGUCGGGAUGGCUUUCCCGAUGAAAAGAGGUUUAAUGGCAAAAAAGCUCUAUCUGAGGCUUCCGUCAUUGUGAGGGAGCUCACUCCAUUGACAAACCUGUUCAUGUGCCUCUGGUUCAACGAAGUGGUCCGCUUCACUUCACGAGAUCAGCUCAGCUUUCCUUAUGUGGUCAGGAAACUAAACAUGAAGAAUAUCAACAUGUUCCCUGUUUGUGUCCGCAAAGAUCUUGUGAAUAGUAUGGGUCAUAAGCAAAAAGCUAAACCUCUGAUUAAUUGAGAUUCUUUGGUUCCCCCAGGUAUAUCUUUCCACCUUGGGUCUUGUAAGUCACUUAGGUCUAAUUGUUGUUACUUUGUAGGUCAUUAUUGUAUUCACUGCAUCUCAAAUUUUGAAUUUAUUUUUCUUGAUUUCUCUGUGUAAUUGCUGAGAAGAGAAAAUACUCAUGUGAAUAACGAUAACAUACACAUAUCUAACAUGUAACGAUUUGUCAUUCAUUAUUCA